GUCGUCCAUCCGUGCCGACGCCAUUGCCAACAGCACCACAGCACAGCAUACAGGCGUUAGCCAUCCAUCCAUCCAUCCAUCCACACAACUACAGUACAGCCAGCCAUGAGUCUCAAGCGACCGCAGCACUCCAUGGACGAGCUGGCCUCGCCCGAGCGCAGCAGCUCCAGCAGGACCAAAGGCAGCAAGAGCCGCCGCAGCCGCCGCACGCUGCACAGCGCCGAGUCGACGUGCUCAUCAUCGUCGUCGUCGUCCUCCAGCUGCUCCAGUGACGCGGGUUUGCCGCUGGCCUCGGCGCCGCGCACCGUCGAGAUCAUGUGGGGCGGCCGCUCGGCGCCCGGCUUCACGCUCAAGCGCAAGCGCACGGGCGCCAUCCUCGUGAGCACCGUGACGCGCGAGACACAGGUGGCCACGACGCUCAAGGUCGGCAGCGAGCUCAAGCUCGUGGGCGGCUUCCCCGUGAACCGCCUCACGCUGCAGGACGUCAAGAAGGUCAUGCUCAUGGCCCCCAAGCCCGUGAGCCUCGUGUUCGUGAACGCAGACGACGUGGUCAUUGCCAGCGUGGACGACGUGGAGGCCGACAGGAAGGACCGGCGGUCGCUGGCCUCCACGACGCUCUCCACCGCCAGCCUGCGACGCAGCGUGAGCGUGGACAUGAACAGCCUCAAGCGCGACGACAGCGGCGAGGACAGCGACAGCAGCGAGGUGUCCACCGUGUCCGCCCCCGCCUUCUACAGCACGCCCAGCGAGAGCAACAAGUCCAAGAAGCGCAAAGUCUCCACGCUGCAGGUGGCGCUGGAUCGCGUCAACCAGCUGCUGAACCGUCCGGUGCGGCAGGCCGGCCUGCACAUCGCGGCCGGCAAGAGCAUCGUCGUGUAG